AUGGACGAAAGAAUUGAAAUGGACGUAAAGAAAGCAGACUGUUUUGAUGAUUUUAGGAAAGUAGUGUUAAUUUCAAUGACAGGCGGUCGUUACGAUGUUGAUGGAGGUUUAUUAUUUCGAGCGAGCAGAUAUUACGAGGCGCUCGUGAACAGUGGAAUGAGAGAUGCACACGACGAGGAACUUACAUUGGGAGCGUUGUCUGAUGAGAGUCUGAAUGAAAUUCGCGAAUUUUUGUCAACAUUGCAAAGUUAUAAAAAUAAUUUAGUUUUGCAGCGUACGAUGAUGAAAUCAUUGGAAAGCAUAAAGGAAGGGUUAAUAGGAGCAUCGUAUUUACAAAUUUGUUGCAUGAGUGAUUUGUACCAAAAAUUGAUGUUCAACUAUUUGAAGGAGUCAACAUAUGCUGAUAUUUUAAAGUGGUCAUCCGAAUGCAUGUUGACUGAGGUUUUUAAAAAAGUUCGUGAGUUUGUUUUGGAGAAUUUCAGAAAUCUAGAAUUAAGAUCCGACUUAUUAACGUUGGCGCCAGAUGACGUUUGCUACCUGCUUGAAUCGGAUUUUUUCAAUGCGGAGAGCGAAUUUGAUAUCUUCAAUUUUGUUAUUCGUUGGAUAACUGCUGACAAAUCGAGAAAACAACAUGCAGAAAAGUUGUUAACUCAAGUGAGGUAUAGUUUGAUGACAAACAGCGAAAAAAAGAGAAGUAGUGAAAUACUUAAUGAACAUGGACUGAACAUCUGCAAAGAUGAAAUUGUUGUGGAUAAGUUUCGCUCAGUUGGAACGAUAUAUGCUCUGGGAUCAUCUACUCACGGAAGGAUGGUUUUCUAUCAAGGAGUCCAAUCAAUCUCGGUUUAUAAUUUUAUGAAAUUUUCCGAAAAUGAAAACAAGAGCCCAAGAUUAGCAACUCUUAAAUUUAAAACAUCCGAAAGUGUGAAACCACCUAUGCCAGAGUUAGGAUUUAAAACUUGCAUGGUCGACAAUUGUUUGUAUUUGGCCGGAGGAAGCAGAUAUAGCUACUUUACUACAAAUAAUUUCUUUGUUUACAAUCCUGCCACGUCAACAUUGACAAAGCGUUGCAGUAUGUAUGUUCCAAGAGGUGAAUUUUAUUUUGGUGAAUUGGCUGGACAAUUAUAUGCUGUUUCUGGCCGCUGGUUUGGUAAACGAACUGAUACAGUGGAAAAAUACAUCCCCGAGGAAGAUAGAUGGCUCACGGUGGCGCCUCUGCCAGUUGCAACUUAUAGUUCUGGAGGCUGCACGUGCAACGGCAGCAUAUAUAUAAGUGGUGGAUUGAACAAAUUUGGUUCUUCAAACCAAGUAUGGCGAUACAGUCCUGAUGAAAACCAAUGGACGGAAAUGGCUCAAAUGCUAACUAAUCGAUCAAAACACAUAAUGACUAGCAUGGACAGAAAAGUGAUCGUAAUCGGCGGUAUCCGUGAUUCUGAGUUACCGUCUUGGCAUUUUGUUAACUCAGGAGAGAUAUAUGAUUUUGAAGCAAAUCAGUGGACAUAUUUGCUGACAUUGAAGAAGCCCGUCUUCGACUCGGCAUUCUUCACCAUGAACAACAGCCUGUACAUUUUAGGAAGAGAACCAUUUUCACGCAACGGCUCUAUUGAUAACUUCAUUCAGAAGAUAAAUUUGAGCAAGUAUUUGGAAAUGAAUAACACGUCUGGAAAUGGUGACAGUAAUAUUAACAAUGAUGACAAAAAAUUUAAUGACAACAAUAACGUUGAUGGCUGUCAAAUUUUCAGUUAUGAAGCUGACAGAUCGCUCAUUUAUCAUUUUGUUGGAAUAGUGAUUACAUCGAAAUAA